AUGCUUUCACGCAAGACUACCUUUCAUGACUUCCUUACUCGGUUGUUCCAAGUCCGUCUUGCCGAUCAUAUUAACGAGAUUAGCCGAGGCCGUCUAAGGAGUGAGCCAGCUGUCAUUGCAAAAAUCCUUCAGCGCACGGGGAUGUCGAAGCGCCAGUACCUAUACCAUCGAGAUAGAGGGGCGAAGUGGCGGGAAUACUGUAAGGUGUUUCCAGGUAUCCUUGGCUUCAUCCCCUUCGAAACUCAAAGAUUUGGCUUUUCUUCAUCGUCUUGGCUCAACCUCGACGAAGGAGAGUUUACCUCCUUACGUUCUCAUCUGAAAAACGAGUAUACGUCCGCCCUCUGCGUCGCGGGGAGAGCAUUUGAACACUCCCUGGAUCCCACGGCAGACGAUGUGGACUUUACCUUCGAAAAUCUGAGUAUAUCACUGGACAAAAUCUCGGACGGAGAGUUGAUCUCUACUUUGAGACUCUUCCCAGCAAAGGACGAAUACAUAUAUAAUCCCGAUGCGUACCCAGAUUGGCCCAGACCAGAAGAAUGGCCCAAUGAUUCACCGUGGCCGGUUGACAUCCCUGCCUGCUUCUGGUGGGGUUCAGUGUAAGUUGUGUCAUCAGAGCAAUUGCCCUUGUUCCUGUGCCAUAAGAGAAAUUGCCAUUGCGCCGCUAUUCGUCACGACAUACAGCCUCGCAUCCGGAAUUAUGAAGACAAGUACGAGGCCAAAAACCGAGGUCUACAAGCCGUCGCGAAGGAAGCGGGCCAAAUCGCCUAUUCGAAGGGCACUAUUAUCGCCUUCCUUACGGGGGUAUUGGCGCCUCCCGACACGUACGACAACGGUCAAUGUAUACAGGUAGACCGGGGCGAUAUCCUCGGCGAGCCCACAGUCGCCCAGAUUAAUUGUGCUGAGUCCGGCAAUAUCUCUCGACUGUCCAAUCAUAGUUGUGAGCCAUCGGCCCGCUUUAAGGGCAUGAGGGUAUCAGGGAAGUUUAGGAUCGCAAUCGUUGCUGAAGAAAACAUUUAUGAUGAGGAAGAAAUCACUGUCCACUACGGCCAACAGUAUUGGAGAAGGGAAAAGUGUCGAUGUCCUGUAUGCCGGUUAGGCCGGUGACUCUAGAUAGCAUAUAGAGAGAUG